CAAACUCCGGUCCAGUCAUUUCAUUCGUCUCUGAGAGCGUUGUGGUGGCCGCGGACCACGAUUGCUUAAACAUAAUACUAAACAAAAUAUGUGUGUAAAUUAUUUACGUAGGGGUGUUUAUCUGUUUCUCACGAGUGAAUAGCGUUGUGACAAUAGUGUUGUGUAUGUGUUAUGAAGUUUAGUGAAAGUUGACGGAGGUUUUCAAGGAACUCGGGUGUCUCGUCGCUUAUUUACCUGAUGGCGGGCUCCGGGGGGCUCGCGGAGUGGACGGAGGGUGCGGCGGUGUGGUUCCAACCGAGCGGCACCUCCGCCCCGCUGCCCGGCGAGCUCAUCGAGGUGCACCGCGCCGCAAGGGUACUGCUCGUCAGCUCCGUGCUCAAUGGACAGGCUCAAACCUUCGCCCUUCAAAUGGGCAAUGGGGAGGACGAAGGCGAUCCAGUAUGGCCGCGCGAGGAGCUCGGCCCCACUGGAGUGGAAGAUAUGACGCGUCUCCACGACCUACACGAAGCAGCUCUGCUAUGGAACCUGAAGCUCAGAUACGAACAGGGGCUGAUAUACACGUACGCAGGCUCCAUACUAGUGGCAGUCAACCCCUACAGACCCGUGGAUGCGUUGUAUGGACUGCAGACUGCCAGGAGGUAUCAUGCUGCUGAGGCGUUAGGCGAUCUCCCACCUCAUCUGUUCGCCAUAGCGGCCGCCGCCCGCGCCUCCUUGCCGCAGCCGCAAGCCAUACUCAUCUCCGGCGAGUCCGGUGCAGGCAAAACUGAGUCAACUAAACUAGCUGUCCAAUUCCUGGCCGCCGUAGCCCCAGCGCCACCCGGCCGGGCGCCCGUCUCCGAACAAAUAUUAGAAGCAGCACCGCUGUUAGAAGCGUUUGGAAACGCGCGAACACCAAAAAACCACAACUCUAGUCGAUUUGGGAAACUUCUAGAAUUAUAUUUCAAAGAUGGCGCUUUGGCUGGUGCCAGGGUCGCGCAUUACCUGCUUGAAAAAUCUCGUAUAGUUACACAAUCACCUGGUGAACGAAAUUACCAUGUAUUUUAUGAAUUAUUGGCUGGUUUGGAUGAGGAGCAGAGACGUUCGCGAGGUCUCCUGACAGCUGAACAUUACUUCUACUUAAAUCAAGGCGGGGACUCAGGCGGCGCAGGCGCCGGAGCAGACUGGUCAGCAUUAUGUGGCGCUAUGCAAGUCCUCGGUAUCGGAGACGCUGAACGUGAAGAUAUUAUCCGAGUAUUAGCUUCUGUAUUGCACUUAGGAAAUGUGUACUUUCAUAGAAGACAGCUACGUCAUGGACAAGAAGGUGUUCAAUUAGGUGGCGGCGCUGAAGUGCGCUGGGCAGCACAUUUGUUAAAAGUCCCUGCUGAGGAACUAGCACGAGCCUUGACGACUCGAGUGACAGCUGCGAGGGCAGAACUGAUGAGGUCUCCUCUACCAAUCGACCAGGCUUUGGACGCCAGAGACGCUUUCGCUAAGGCCUUAUAUUCUUCAUUAUUCAACUGGUUGGUACUCCGAAUAAACUCCAUAGUCCACCGCGCGGGGCUACACGACGCUCACAGGAUUUCUCUCCUGGACAUCUUUGGCUUUGAAGACUUGGAAGAGAAUUCGUUUGAGCAACUGUGCAUUAAUUACGCUAACGAAACGCUGCAACAUUAUUUCAAUAAGCACAUAUUUAAGUUGGAGCAGCAAGAAUAUCAAAAGGAGAGACUCGAAUGGUCCAAUUUGACCUGGAACGAUAAUUCUCCAGUGAUACAGUUGUUGAGCAAGAAGCCAGUGGGCAUCCUGCAUCUGCUGGACGACGAGAGCAACUUCCCGCGGGCGUCUGACGCCUCGUUCUUAGAGAAGUGCCAUUACAACCACGCAUUGAACGAGCUCUACUCCCGACCGAGGCUGGGAGCUAGUGAGUUUGGGAUCAAACAUUACGCAGGCCAAGUGUGGUACAACGUGGAAGGAUUCCUGGAUAAGAAUAGGGAUGCGCUGCGGGCCGAUGUGCUAGAGUUGCUGUGCAGUAGUGAGGUGCCGCUCGUGGCCGAGAUGUCGACGCAGCUGCGGGCGCAGCACGACGCCAACAAAACUCUCCCGCGCGGCGCCAACGGACGGUUCGUUACUAUGAAGCCGAGGACGCCCACUGUCGCUGCUAGGUUCUCAGACAGCCUUCACCAACUCCUGGAGUCGAUGUCUCGCUGCAACCCCUGGUUCGUGCGUUGCAUCAAGCCCAACACAGACAAGUCUCCGAUGAAGUUCGACAUGCCGUGCGUGCUGGCGCAGUUGCGGUACACAGGCAUGCUCGACACCAUCAAGAUCAGGCAAAUGGGCUACCCGAUUCGAAUACCGUUCCAGUUGUUUGUGGAGAGAUAUCGGUACUUACUUACGGCGACGCCGACGCGCUCCACGCCGUACAGAGAGAUCUGCAACUCCAUAUUAGCAGAGAUGCCUCCCACAGGCGCCGUCGGCGCUGACUACCAGCUGGGUGCAGCCCGUGUGUUUAUACGGGAAGCGCUGCACCGAGCGCUGGAGCGCGCCCGCGGCGACAAGCUGCGCGCCGCCGCCACUAUACUACAGGCUCAUGUGCGCGGGUAUCUCGCCAGAAAACAUUACCGGCAGCUGCGGCGCUCGACAGUGAAGCUGCAGUCGUGGUGGCGCGGCGCGCGCCUGCGCGGGCGCUACACGCGCCUGCGCCGCGGCGUGGUGCGCGCGCAGGCGCUGGCGCGCGGCCGCCAGGCUCGCAGACGAGUCGCCGCGCUCCGCGAGCAGCACCGCCGCAGGCUCGAGGCGCAACAGGCUGCCGCUAAGAGACGUGCCGCUGAGGAAAAAGCGCGCGAGAAGGCAAAGGCGGAGAGCCUGCAGGUGCUGGAGGUGCCCGCCGAGCUCGCCUUCAUACUGUCCAAGCUGGACGACUGGCAGCCGCCGCACACCGACCGGAAGAACCUCGUCAAGGUGUCAGGCGAUGUUUACGUAGAAGAGGACCGCACGCAAACACCGCGUGACUUGCAGCAGUUCGCGUUCUCCAAGUUCAGUUCGGUUUAUUUCGCCGAUGGUGGCCAGUUGAGUCCCAAGAAACAUCCCAUCACACGACCCUUCCUAGCUAAGGCUGCAGUAAGAGAUCAAGAUUUCAAUGAUGCAGUGGCGACAUUCAAACUUAUUUUAAGAUGGUGCGAUGAAUCCGCUGCCGGCAAUGAAGCGAGACAAAAAGUGUUGGCAGAUUACAUAGCAUCCCGGGGUCUUUCGUCUCGCGGGCUCCGGGAUGAGAUCCUGGUGCAGCUAUGCAACCAGGCUAGCGCGCCUGAUGCCUCGGAUCGCGUUUGGCAGCUCAUGCAACACUGCCUGUCCGCCUUCCAGCCCACAGCGCCUCUCUACAAGUACCUGCUGCGGUUCGUGAGCGAGCGUGCGCCCGCGCCGCGCCGCAGCGCGCUGGUGCGCGUGACGCGCGCGGGGAGCGCGGCUGGCGCUUGCUCGGCGCCCGCGCGCCGCGCGCCGCCCACGCUGCUCGAGUGGCGCGCCGCGCGCACCGACGCCCGGCCCGCACUGCCGCUGUGGCUCUAUGAUGAUACGGUGCACCAUGUGUGCGUGGAGUCGUGGACGUCGUGCGAGCGCGCGGCGGCGGCGGCGCUGGCGGCGGCCGGCGUGGCGCGCGACGCCACGGGCUGGUCGCUCACCAUGGAGCACGACGGACAACUCACCGAGUGGGCGGGCUGUGAAUAUGCACUGGACGCUAUCGGCGAGAUUGAAACGUGGUCAGCGUUGCCGAGCUCGCGUGCGUCCCCACUGCGCGGCGCCGCGGCGCGACACACGCCGCCCGCACCUCCGCCGCGCGCCUCAUCCGUAGACACUGAGAAGGCAACUAGACCACAGGUACCGCCACCAGAACCACCCAAAUCGCGUUCACCAAGCAUACCACGAAUGCUCGAAGAAUCCAUCGAUGAAGUCUCUGAAUACAACUGGAAGAUGGAACAAGAAGAGUCGCACACAAUGUCGAAACACAACAACGAUUACUCCAGAAAAACUUCACAUGAUAUUUUAUCGCGCGAAUCGGCUUUGAACGAGAGAUAUUUCGAACAACAAUCUGAUAAAGUACGAAGUCGGUCUUUGGACAAUCUCCUUGGCGACAAUCCUGCACCUCAGCCUACAAAACUGGCAGAUUUAGGACUAUCCCAAUCUCGCUUGAAUGAUCGAUACCAUUCGGUGGAGAGGUUGGGUGGAGCGCCGAGCGUGGCGAGCAGUAAAGGAGCCAUGGAGAUGGAGUACGGCACUGGUUCUCGCGUGAUGCCGUCCAGAUAUAUUAAGUCGCAGUAUGCAGGCAAGCGAGCGCCCGCUGGCUCGCAGUCAAGUCGAGCUUACAUUGAGAAGAGCUCUGAGUUCGGUGGUGUUAGAUCGUCCGCCAUGUCAGAUACAUCCGAAGCACCGAGUCUCGCAUCCCACGUCCGUCGAGUCCGCGUCCCGAGUCAAGCUUCUGAUGUUGAUCAGUUCUUGGACGACUUGUUCUCCCCUGUCUUGGAUCCAAAUAUCGACGAGCUAUCUGACGCUAGGUCUCUGGCCGCCAGUAUUAAAGGCGGCAAAAACUACGCAGAUUUUAUUAAUGACGUUCUAGAUUGCAACUAUAAUGAAAAAAUUCAGGAUUUUGACAAAGUUGAUGUUCAAGCUUUAAUCAAAGGAGGAGGGAAGGAAGAGAAAGAUAAGGGAAAAACUAGUAGAAAAGAGUCCAGUGUAGAUUCUGUUGAUGAUUACAUCACGAAUCUUUUUGACCCAAUAUUUAUGAAUGAUAGUUUGAAGCGAUUGACUGAUGGCGAAGGUUUAUCCGGUGCCAUAAAAGGCGGUGGUGCGACGCCACGAGCUGCAUCAGCUAACACAUCAGCGUUAAGUUUUUCAUCCAUGUCGAUGCCACCUACUAUGCCUGCGACACCUGAAGCACUUGCAGCAGCUUUAGGAUUGCACCUACCACCUCCCGGAACAGUAGAUAUAAAUUCGUAUCAUCAGAACUUACAGCGCGCGUUCUUACAAAGCGCUAUGGCCCAGAAUCUUCAAAUCCAGCAGCAAUUAUUAGCUCAAAAUCAAGCGCUUCAAACGCUGUUAGCAGGCCAAGUUGUUGAAGCUUCGGAAUCCGAGCCUACAUCGCCUGUUAGAUCUUCGACUGUAGUGCAUGCUCAAGUUCAUUCACCACCUAGGAAUACGGUAAAGACCCGGCGUGAGUCUAAUGAGAGCUCGUCUGCGGGGGCACCACCACCUCCACCGCCUCCAAUGCCUCCACCUCUCCAUGCAUCAGACCCUUCUGAAAUCAGAGGAUUCAUGGACCCAUAUGGAAGAGCAAAGACUGUUCGAAUCGGCAAAUGGCGGUGGCCUCCACCCAAAGAUGCAGUCAAUCAAGAGACAGCAGAAGACUUUACCAAAUUCAAAAUGAGACAAAUUCACAGACGACACACGCCCCAGGCUCAGACAAAUGGGGUAGAACACGACCCGCCGAGGAGCCGAUCCAAGUCUGAAGUUACUCCUAGCAUUGAAUGGGAGGAGUUUGAAGUAGAUGGAUCCAUUCCCGCGAACAGAGAACCGCCAAGUCAAAGAACGACUCGAAGAAGUUUCGAGAUCGGCGCGCAAAGACCAUCCCCAGGUAGUGUUGGAAAAUUAAAACUUAGUUCUGAAAUGAGACAAAGACUGGAACGCGUUACCGCGAAUCAUUCUGUGAGGAGUACUUCGUCAGCGACGGAAACUCCACGGACUAUAAACAAGUUGGAAGACACGAGGAAGUUGAUGCUGGAGCGUCAGUUGGGAGGUGGACAGCGCUGGGACGCACCCCCGCCUCCGCUGCCGCCUGCUCCGCCGGGACCUGCACCACCCCCUCCACAGUCGCCCCCCACACCACCUGCUGGUCCCGCGCCGCCACCACCAGCACCAGACCAGUCUUCUUUUGCUCAAUUACGCCGCGACCGAGACACAUUCGGCGUCCACCAAAAUAGAGAAGCGGAUGAUCGUCACGCCUUCCUCGCUAAUUGGAACUCGCGACGCCGCGAGGAUUCUGAACCUCCUCGAGAUGACUUAGCGACAAGAUUUUUGACAGCAGAUCGUCGGGAACGACGUGUAAGAGACGACUGGGGUGACGAAUCGGAAGUUCAAAGUUACGCGGAUGACAGGGGUCAGAGAAGUCGAGAUGAAUGGGAUUCGGAGUCAGGACUCGACACGACUGAUCGACGAGACAGAGACGACUUUUCUGGUCGCGAAGCGUCUGAGAUUUACGAAAUGCAUCCACCAAGGACCGAAAGACGGAAAGAAGAGAACGGAAUGACGGACACGUUUGAGCGCAAACGGUCACCUUUCUAUGACGAUUUUGAACGAUAUGAUGGGAGGAAGAAUUCUCGUGAUAUGCUAAUGGGACGUGCGAGAGAGAGUCCGAGGUCGGAUAUUGUAUUUCCUGCUGACAAUACUGAUACAGUGAAACGGGAGCGAGCGACAUUUAAAACACACAUGGUACAAAAAGAAAAGAACCGGAAACUAGAGGCAGAGAGAAGACACUCAGUGUCGACGCACGUUACAGAUAAAACUGAACAUAUAGAACGUGAUGUGCCCGCGCCUGCCGCCUUGUUGCCAUCUGACCGCGCAUUCCUAACGUACGGUCGUGUGCCGUGGAAGCUGCGCGUGCGUAAAGAAGUGUUCUCACCUUUAGAGACUUACAACGAUCCCGCCAUAUUAGACUUACUAUACGCUCAGAUAGUCUACGAUAUCAAAUCCAACCAGCCUUCGCUUCGCAUGAGUGCGAGCGAGCGUCGUGCUGGCGCGGCGUGGCUGCAGGCGCAGGGACCGGGCGCAGCGCGGGCGCACACCAAGCGCCAGGCCGUCGAGAUGGCGCGCGGCUGGCCCUUCUACUUCGCCAGGCUGUUCGCGGCGCGAGUCCCGCCGGGAGAGAACGCAGUGCUUGCGGUCUCGCACAACGCUGUCACUAUUGGCGUUAAAGGUCCCACGGGCCUCACCAUCCGCCGCUCGCUGUCGCUGGGCGGGCUGCGCGCGACGUCGCCGGCGCCGAGCUCGCUGCAGCUGGCGGGCGCGCGGGACGCCCCCCUCACGCUGCACGUGCCGCUGUCACAACACGCGCAGAGCCUCAUCGCGGAGUUCGCGCUGCAGUACACACAGGUUCAACCCAAAGCGACAACAAAUGGUGUUACAAAAGAACGCGUACCAGAACGCGAGAGCAGAGAAACCAGAGAUUCUAGAGAUUCAAGAGAAACGAGAGACUCUCGCGAAGUCCGAGAGAUUCGCGAGCUCAGAGAGUCUAGAGACGAAAACGAGAGGGAACAUGCGGAGCGGAGGGCGCAGACUUCGUCGCCGGUGCCGCGGGAACGGGAACGAGAGAGGGACAGAGAACGAGAGAGGGACAGAGAACGGGAGAGGGAAAUGAGAGACGAGAGAAGAGAACAGACGACGCCGCAGCACGACGGCCGUCAUCCGCUUCUGCAAUUCGCUGUUGAUCAUUUCAGACAGAGCCCAGAAUUAGAAAUCCUAAAAGCGGAUUCAUCGCUGAAAAGCAAGGCUAAACGCAACGAGUGGACGUGGAAGGCGCAGACUGACGUGGUGAAGUGGCAAGCGUCGCCGCUGCGCGCGCCUCUGCUGCGUCUCCCGCCGGCCCUGACGCCGCCAGCGCUGGAGUGCUUCACCUGCAUCAGGGCGUACUGCGGCGACCUCCAGCCUGCUGAGCGGAACAUGCACCAAGACUUAACUGAAGUUAAAUGCGUCUACACCGUCCUCAUGCACUGCCACUCGGUGCCAGAGCUGCGCGACGAGGUGUACUGCCAGCUGAUGAAGCAGACGACGUCGAACCGGUCGCAGGCGCAGGACUCCUGCCAGCGCGCAUGGCGGCUCAUGUCUAUCCUCGCUGCGUACUUCACCUGCUCCGACACCCUCAGGCCGUUCCUAGUGGAGUACCUGUCAGCGGCGGCGGCAGACCGUCGUCGACCAUGCCAGGGUACAGCGUCUGUAUGCCUCGCCAACCUUAGGAAGACCUUACGCUGCGGCGGCAGGAAAAAUGUUCCCAGCGUCGAAGAGGUGACGGCGGUGUCGGCGGGUCGCUCGGCGCGGCGCCAGCUGUACCGCCUGCCCGGCGGCGCCGAGCGCGUCGUCAACACGCGCUGCGCCACCGUCGUGCAGGACAUCGUCAACGAACUCUGCGAGCUGAUCGGCGUGACGAGCGAGUCGGAGCGUGCGGAGUUCUCCCUGUACUGCAUCGUGGCGGGCGACGCGCUGACGAUGCCGCUGGCGGGCGAGGAGUACGUGCUGGACGUCACCACCGAGCUGCAGCGCGCCCACCACCCCUUCUACCUGAUCUUCUGCCGCUCCGUGUGGCACGCGCCGCUCCGCACCGACGCGCCGCCGCUCUACACCGAGGUGCUCUUCAACCAGGUGGCGCCUGACUACCUCGAAGGUCUCCUCCUGGUGCUGCCAGGCGGUCAAGCCCCGGCGCCGCCUGUCCUGCGCGACGCGGCCCUGGUAGCGUCACUCCUGCACCGCGCGGCCGCGCUGGCGGAGGCGCCGGCCCCGCGCGACCUGAAGUUCCUGCUGCCCAAGCCACUGCUGGCGCUGAGAGACCCGCGCCCUGCCAAGUGGGCCUCGUGGGUGGCCGCCGAGUGGCCUCAUGCCAGGUCGCUCACGCCGGCCGCCGCCAAGUCUAAAGUACUACAGGUGUUGUCGCGCUGGCCGCUGUUCGGGUCGUCGUUCUUCGCGGUGCGGCGCGUGUGCGGGCCGGCGGGCGAGUGGCGCGAGUGCGUGCUGGCGCUCAACCGCCGCGGCGUGCACCUGCUGCACCCCGCCACGCACGAGACCGACACGCACUGGCCCUACGCCGAGCUCAUCUCCACUAGGAAGGUGCGGUCGGAGGACGGCACGCUGUUCCUGGACGUGAAGUGCGGAUCGCUGCUGCAGCAGCGCGUGACGCGGCUGCAGGCCGAGCAGGCACACGAGGUGGCGCGCCUCGUGCGGCAGUACAUCGCGCUGCAGAGGGACCACCGACACUCGCCAGUUUUCAACGCAUGAGAAGUGAAGCGCUGAACGAACUGAGUGGAACGAGUGUUGGUGUUGUGUACAUUAUGAAACAUAUCGAUAUCGACAUUACUCACCUAUCGUACGACGUCAUACCUCACUAUCGAGACCCAUCCGUCCAAUGCAAGCUCAUCUAGUGUUAGUGUCGUUGCUGAUUGAAAUGAUAAUAGGAUUUAGGGCACAAACACAUUUGCGAUUAUACCAUUAAACAAUGACCCGUCGUAAAAUGAAAUAUAUUGGUUCUAAGGUUCAUUUUAGUUUGGUUGUUGUUAAUGGCAAAUAAAACGCACCUGUUAGUCGAUACAUACUUCUAUUUUCAUUUUAGUCAUUUAUUUUUAAUUUUAGAAAUUAUUAGCGUACGGGAAAGUAAAUAAUAAGAUAACAUUUAUCUAUGUAAUCCAUUCCCUAGCUUAUUUAUCCACCAAAUUAUGGUAUGUAUUUUUUAUGAGUUGUAAUUCAUAGAACUUAUGAAAUCAUGUAUUUUUAUAAUUACAAUUCAAUCUACAAGUACAGUGGGAAUAUUUUUUCCACUACUUUCUGUAGUUUUAAUAAUAAAUAUAUUAUAUGGUAGCUUUCGACAUAAUGCUGGCAACACUAAUUAUCAAUAAUUUUCUACAAACAAUCAAUCGAGUCUGUAAAAGUGGUGAUACAUUUACGUUUUUUACUAUUUUUAUACUUCAUCAAAUAUAUUUCGAAUGUUAAGUAAAUUUAAUUCGUUGUAAUUUAGUAGGUAUGUAGUAUUUAUGUAUAAAUCGAUAUAUAGUUGUUUACGGAUUUCAUAUUAUUAUCUACAUAGUACUGUUAUACCCAAGGACAACGUUUUAUCUUAUACGAAAAACGAUUUUUUCAGUCAAAGAAUAGUAGUCCAUCCGCAAUUUUUGAAUAACAGAAAUGCUCAACCCCAAAACUUCGUCACAUUAUUUUUGUGUCGUCAGAACAUUGGCUGUAUGUUUUAUGACUUUGUUUUUUUUUUAAAUAGCCUUAAAAUAGCAGAAAUUAUUUUUGAAAAUAUUUACCUCAAUAUCGCUACGCGACGACGUUUCGUUUGAGUGAAAAUAGGUGCUAUGUUUAGAAUGAAAUAUCUAUCAUUAAAUAUAAAGUCAAUUAUAAAUUAUAUGGAGUGUAAUGGCCAAAAAUAGGUCGGAGUCAUGUUUAUUACUUAUUAUGGUAUAUUUGUUGUCGUGUAAUAUAUUUAAAAUGAAUUAUUCAAUGUACGAGAAUAUAUUGUAGAUAUGAAAUAAAAAGUAUAUUUACA